CGGAGCAAACCACUGAGAGCUUGACUCAUUCAGAGUUCAGACAUGCCUUCUGCAGGAGUGGAGAUACUUGGAGUGACUCUAGCUGUCCUAGGAUGGAUCUCAGCUGUUGUAUCGUGCGCCUUGCCUAUGUGGAGAGUGUCCGCUUUUAUUGGGACGAACAUCGUCACAGCUCAGAUCACCUGGGAGGGGAUCUGGAUGAACUGUGUGGUCCAGAGCACCGGUCAGAUGCAGUGUAAGAUCCAUGACUCCAUGUUGGCGCUGAGCGGAGAUCUCCAGGCUGCCCGCGCCCUCACUAUCAUCUCCAUUGUGGUGGGCGUCAUCGGACUUCUGGUGGCCACAAUGGGGGCAAAAUGCACCAACUGCGUGGAGGAUGACUCAGCUAAGGCUCGGGUUAUGAUAGCUGCUGGGACGGCCUUCAUUGUGGCCUCUUUGACCCAGCUGAUCCCUGUGUCGUGGUCUGCCCACACCAUCAUCAUGGAGUUUUAUAAUCCGAUGAUACCCGAGGCACAGAAGAGGGAGAUAGGGGCGGCUCUACGUUUCAGCAUGUCUAUUGGGCUGGAGUUGAUAGGCAUCUCCCUGUGCAUUUUGGGAUGGAUUAUUGCCAUCGUGGCAUGUGCCCUCCCCAUGUGGAGGGUGACGGCCUUCAUCGGCAGCAAUAUCGUGACGGCUCAGAUCAUCUGGGAGGGUCUGUGGAUGACUUGUGUGGUCCAAAGUACGGGUCAGAUGCAAUGUAAGGUCUACGACUCCAUGCUUGCCCUCUCCCAGGAUCUCCAAGCAGCUCGCGCCCUCACCGUCAUCUCCAUCCUGCUUGCCAUCCUGGCCGUCCUCAUCGCUAUUGCCGGGGCCAAGUGCACCAACUGCAUAGACGACGAAGCCUCCAAGGCUAAAGUGAUGAUCAUCUCUGGGGUCUUCUUCAUUGUCUCAGGGGUCAUGCAGCUCAUUCCUGUGUCCUGGUCGGCCAACACCAUAAUCAGGGACUUCUACAACCCUCUUCUCACCGACGCUCAGCGGAGGGAGCUGGGGGCUGCUCUCUACAUCGGCUGGGCAGCAGCUGCUCUUCUGGUUCUCGGUGGUGGACUCCUCUGCUGCUCAUGUCCGCCACGGGAGACGCGAUACAACCCUUCACGGAUGGCUUACUCUGCCCCGCGGUCCGCAGGAGGCCCCGGGUUAGAACGGAAAGACUAUGUGUGAGUGAAUGUCAAAGAGUAAGAGACAUGAAACUUUAAAGAAGCUCUGCACGCUAAAAUGAGGGCGAACUGAGGAGAGCUCACAAACAAGGGGACUCCACAAUGAAGGACACGCUUCUGAGUUAGGCUUCUUCUUUUCAGAGAAUGAGAAAUCAUGCAUUGGACACUUGAGUGGAAAUUUCCUUAAAUCACGAAUUGCAAAGAAAUUGUGAUCUUAAUACUCUGGCUUUUUUUUUAAAUCAACACGUUAAGUGUUGCCAUUGUACAAGCAAACAUUUCUUAUGCUGUCUCGGCUCCUUAAUGUUUACUACUGAAUAUUUUUUACUAGAAAAAUUUUGACUGCUCCAUUUUUGCCUUCAUUUAUUGUACAAAAUGGACAAACUGGUGGAAAAAGGUUAUAAUUAAUGGUUUAUGCUGUAAAUAAUGUAGUAUGAGUGUCAUUAAUCACCUUUAACAGUCAGGAGAGAUGAUAGGUGUUUUCAGUGCAGCUUUACGUGCAGUGUGGUAAGGGUGGAGGCUUUACACUGGCAGCGCUAAAGCACCUGACUCACCCAUAAUGACAGUUAUGUCUGUGUAUUUUUAUUCAGCUACUGUACAUGUAUUUCAGAUGUUUGUUUUUUUUUAAUAAAAGUGCUUGUUUUUUUUAA